CGUUGAGGUGUUGUUAGUGGCGGCAGUGUGAUGUGCCGGCAUUGAGGGCAGUGUAGCCGUAGAGGCAGGGGCCGCCUGUGAGCGGGAGCAACACGUGAACACAUACCUUGUGGUCCACUCCCUGUGUGUCUUAAGGCCUGAGCAGGUCUUAAGAUGGCACCACCCGUUGCACUGGUUACACCUAACCGAGGUGGAGUUCGGGUGGAGCCGUUUGUGGCAAAUGCAGCAGUAGAAUACUUCAGGUCCGGGGUUGGGUUCGACGCCAGCCCGGAAGAGAAAUAUUUGGAGCAAACUGGCUGCAAUGAGUUGCUCCUGUGACGAAAGAUUUGGGGUAAAAUACGGUACACUAGACAGGGCUAGUAUACUGGGGCGGCAGCCCUUGGUCGGGAAUAAAAACCCGAGUCAUUCCGGUAACGUAGAACCGGCUGCCAUGGGAAUGAGCAUGAAAGUGUCGAGCAUGGGCAAGUUGUAGAUGAUGGUGUGUCUAGGCGGAACCACUGGCCACUGAGGCUUUCAUCCUGAUGCAAUGUGAUAAAUAACAGUGAUUUCAAUGAAUCUGUUGAAGAUGUAGCUUCUGAGGCAGAGAAGAACAUGGAAAUCGAAUUUAGUACCGACGAAAUGGAUACAUAUUUCAGUAGCAGUCAAAGCUCUAUUCAAAUUUUAGCUGAAAGGAGACGAGUGAGAGCAGAUACAAAUACACUCACUUUGACCAUCAGGCGCCAAUCCACUGAUGAAAUAACAUAUCCUUGUAAAAGUUCGUCUGGACAUGCCGCUUUUCAAAAUACUCAAUAGGGCUUACAUUUGAUAAUGCAUCGUAUUGGGCUUGGAAAUUAUUAAAAAAUAUCUUAACUCCAGCUCUGGACGAGGCCCACUCUUGGAUCAACAAAGAUAAUUGGUCGUUAUUGGAGAGAAAGGAAUUGCAAGUUAACAGACGCCAUCAUACGAUUUGUUAUUCCUGGAUUAUUUUCUCUGGGUUAAACAAGCCAUUAGUCUACGCUAACAUGCCAAUCCCCUUUUACGAGAUCUAGGGAAAUAUUCGACACGUCUCUCAUAUUGUUCCUAGUCAUCAAAAUUGGACCGACCGCUUGAGCCACUGUCAAGGUAUAAAUGUAGCUUCAAAAUAAAGCAAGCAUUAACCCUCCCUUGGGGCACCCAAGUCUGAUCAAAUUGGCUUUUUCAACUUUGGACGUGAAUUCAACAUAUUUCUAUUACAGCUAACGACUUGAGCUUCCAGUUAGCUUCCCAAAACUUAAUUUCUAUCGAUUUAUGGAUAUAACCGUUUAAAAAGCAUCCUCGAACAGGAAGAACAACAAUAUUUAAAAAGGUACACAUGCGGUUGGGCACCCCGGGUCUACAUGCCCCCGGGUCUACAUACAUUUGUAUGAGAAUAUGUGGCAAAUGCGCCACAUUUGUAAUUAAUUUUUAAGCAUCGCAGGUAAAUAUCUUUAAUUUCUUACCUUUUUCAUGGUUUCAUUUUUUGUUUUUGGCAUGCAUUUAGCUACCUACCGAAGUAAAAGUAUUUUGGUUUGUUCUUUAUUUCAACUCAUUGCGAAGAAGGUUGAAGAAAAAAAAAUUGAUUAUAAUGAAAUUUAUGCUAAAAUAUGAAAUGAUAUUUAUUUAUGGAUUCAGUGGAAGGCAAGCAAAACAUGUAUCAAAGAUUUUUGAGUGCUGUGACAUACUGGAUUGAAAUGAAACGAGUUUUUUGACGAAGCUUUUUGACUCCUUGAAGACAAAGACGACAAUUUUUCUUCGCUGUGAGUGUGUCGGCUCCGGUUGGUUGUUUGACUACAAUAUUAAUUGGUUUGUUGAAAAAUGCUUCCAUACCCAAACGAGUAGUGAAUUCAAAAAUAACGGCUGGAUUAUUCAAGCGACUUUCGAUGUCUGCAAUGAUCAAUGUGUUCGAGCACAUCAAGUUUCUUGGUUCCGGGUUAACUUAAUACCAUAUCGUUGUUGUUUGAUUAAAAAUAUUUCCUAUUCUGCUCACUAGCGCAUAUAAACAAAAACUGUGUUGGCUUGCAGGUUUUACAUAUUUUAGAUUUAAUUCAUUUUCUUGGCGACUUUAGUAUGUAGUAGAGUGUAAAUUGUAAUGCAGGUUGCAUAUUUUUAGGCGCGUCACUAAUCAAAUAUAAACUUAUGUUCUAUUCACUAUAUUCUCCUUCAAAACGUUUAUCACUUCAUAAUAAAAGCACAAAAAAAAUGUAAAUUUUGUUAAGUCAAAUAUUUAAAAAUUAUUAUAAAUAUCAGAAAAAUUUUAAACAACUCCAAAAAACCCAAAAUUUCUAGUAAUGAGUGGAAAAGUCGGACUCCUUUCCCGCCUAUACAAUGGCAUAAUUGGGACAGCUGACAAAUUUGUACCAAGCCCUAUGCGUCCUUUGUGGGAGCAUCCAGCAGGUCCAAAAACGAUAUUCUUCUGGGCACCAUUAGGCAAAUGGGCACUCGUUAUAGCUGGCCUUGGUGAUAUAAAUCGUCCAGUGCAUUUAUUGUCGAUUAAUCAAUGCGCGGUCUUAGCCACAACUGGUUUAAUUUGGUCUCGAUACUCAUUGGUUAUUAUUCCCAAAAAUUGGUCACUUUUUUCGGUAAAUGUUUUUGUCGCACUCACCCAAAUGUAUCAAAUAGCACGCGCAGUACAAUACCAACAGAGCUUAAAAAAUAAAUCUGAUUAAAAGGUUUUGCUAAACGUGCGA